CUGUUAAACAAAAACCUUUCCAAAGCUAAGAAAAAACAGUUAAAAUUUAUAAACCCUUCCAUGCAAGAAACAAUUAUUGACAAUGGCAUUGAGUAUCCUGAAAGUCCUGCUUUCUGGGUGUUGAUUCAGUUCAUGCAUGACGAGGGAAAAUUUUUAUCACCAAUUCUGUCAGCUGGAAACCAUGAAGGGCCCAGUUAGGCCUAUUUAUAUUGUUGGAGCAUCGGCAUUAAUCUCAGGACUGCAUGAUAUAUAUCAGCCUGGUGUAUUUGAUCUCCUAGGGAAGGUCUUAGGACUGAAUUCGAUGUUAUCUAGGUUAAGCAGAGUAUUUUGCUAGCCCCUUCAUCAAUCUUGUUGAAACUCUAGCUGCGCUGAGAUUAAUUCUUCAACCCAUUCCAAGGAACUAGCUGAUCAUAUACUAGCGUAAGUUGGCUUUGAACCAAAUUUAGCUUCCGUUAGUUCAUUGAGAGUUGUGGGAUAGGCUCCUGGGUGAACUUGAACUGCUUUUGAUCAAUGAGAUGUUUAACGAAGAAUCUGAGUAAUACUAUUUUGUCUAUUGCAGCUACAAUAAAUAAGACAACUGUAUAUGGACUGUUACAUUAUGAUUAGAAUAAUGGGGCCCAGUUGACAGUUUAAAUAUUUCUUCAAUUUGAACAUGUGGCAUGGACAUGCUGUAUCACCUUAUGUGUCAAUAAGGUGUAAAGUGGACCCCCAAUGCCUGUCAACUUGCCAAGCAGGAUUAGAUUGGGAGUGCUUUUUAAGUUGAUAAAUUUUGGAAGUUCAAUGGCAAAAAAAUUUACUGUGUUUAAUUGCGUCAUGGUUAGAACCAUUAUCUUUUGGUUAAAUAUCAUAUAUUGAGUUGCAUAUAAUCAGUUAUGAGUUGGAAUUUAGAUCCUUCAUCGUUUUCAGGAUGUGUUUGGAGUCCUUGGUUUGUUUUUCUUAAUGUGUUGUGUGAUCUCCAGGAAAAGGCUUUGCUCUUGAUUUAUCAGUUACAAACGAUCACAAGCUAACCCCACAUUUCAAAGUUAUCCAAAGACCUUUUGAUUGACAACAGUUCAGGUGUUUUCUCACUAAACCAGACAAGAUGUAAUAAGUGCCAGAAACUCUCAAUGCAAGAGGACAAAGAGAAUUUCUUGACAUUUGUCAUUAGGUGUUGUAGGUGUUAUCAAUGAAACGCUGUGCUAAACUCGUGUUUUCUGACAACACAUUUUGUUUGCAACACAUUUUGCCUGUUAAAUUGUCACUUAAAGGGGGUGCAUCUCAUGCAAAGACCUUUUCUUCUCACCUUGGAUAGAAUAUUUCCUCCAUUUUCAGUUGUGUUCAUUUAAAUAGCAUCAGAAAUGGCUUUGUCUAUUGUCAAAGGACUGCUUGAACAAUACGUGCAAUCACUGUUCAAUGAGGGAAUUAUAAAUGAACAGUUUUCUCGUAUUCAACAUUUGAAAAUGGUUGGAAGAACUGAACAUUUUGUCCAGUUGAUCAAUUCGUACUGCCUCGAUGUGGAAAGCAUCUUAGCACAACUUGCAAGCUCCUUUGAUCUCCCUGAAGUGGAUUUUUCUAAGUUGGCUGCUCUUGCUGCAGAAGUAACAGAGAGAAGCUCCCGUAUUGGUGCUGAGCACGUGAGACUCGCAUGUGUGGAUCUAAUGCGGGCCUGUGAGCAGAUGCAGAAACAGAAAUUCCUCCUGGCCUUGGACUGGACAAAGACUGAGUUCACUCAAACCCAGAACAAGUUGCAGGUCCUUGUCCAGAUGGAGCGGAGGAUCAUGAGACUGGAAGCAAAACAAAAAAAUUAGUGGAUGGUGCUUGCUGCAUAUGGAGUAGUAUACUUGUAAUGAGCCAGCCUAUAGAAAUUUCGAACUGACCUUGGUGGUUUCGUUGGGAAAGUUUGGGAAAGACAAUGUAAUAGCAAUCGUAAUAUAAAUGUUAGCAGGAAACUUGAGGCAGUAGUUUGGAAAGAGAA